AUGGAUUUGUCUCCAGACGAAGAUCACUUCCCAGGUCGAUUGCUGCAUCAGGCAGCCCUGUGGGACAACUUGGAGUUCCUACAGGAGCUGUUGGCUAGCGGGGCCGACGUAAACGCUCGCGAUGCGAACAACCGUACGGCACUUCAUGCAGCCGCGUUGGCGGAGCGGAGCCGUUGUCUGGUGGCGCUGUGUGCCGAGGGCGCCGAGCUGGACGUGCAGAGUGACGCCAGCACUGGUGGAAAGACGGCUCUUCACAUCGCAGCUGAGCGUGGCCACGCGGAGAACGUGCGGACUCUUCUGUCUGCAGGAUCUCGACCUGAUAUAGUUGACGCCGCUGGUGACACUCCUCUCGGCUUGGCAGAGCGUGGCUGCCACCGUCAUGCUGCUCACGCACUGCGAGAGGCAAGAGAGUGGAGGCGGGCGCGGGUGCUAGCGCGGGCGCGUGUAAAUCAAAAUGUAUGUAGACGCCAGUUGCAUUCAGAGUGCUCCCGCGAGCCGAGCGUCUGCGUGAGGCGGGCGCGGGCGCACUCGGCGCGGGCGUUUCUGAUGGCUGGGUCCGCUCGCAUCGUUCACAGUGAUUUAGCGUCUGUUUGA